UGAUUCCUGAACCUCAGAACCUGAUUCAGUGAGGUGAGCAGUUGAGACUUGAGAGAGGCGGAGGGCAGAGAAUCAGAGAGAGGCUGAGGCGGUCCAGCUGGAGACUGAACAGUGGAGACUGGAGACUAGAGAGAGGCGGAGAGCACAGACUAGAGUGAAAGGAUCCUUUGUGGUUGUGGCAUUGCAUUAUAGACAGGGAUAACUAUUCCACUUUUGUGGGAGAUUGCUGAAACAAUGCAAAAUCUGCACCGUGUUAUAUCCCGAUUGUCAUCCACUUCACUAGGCUCAAGCACUACAACAGCCAGAGUUUUGACAGACAAAACAAAAACUAAGUUGAGAAAUGAUGCAAUCAACUUGAGAGCCUUUUCAGCAAAAUCUGGUGAAAAUGAUGGGAAAGAUGAGUGGGAUAAGAGUGUGGCAGGAUCAUUUGGUAAUACGACGUCAGCUGAUUUGGGGUGGGAUUCUGUGUCCUCUUGGUCGACUGGGUUGACCAAGGAGCAUUUUGAUGGUGAGGCACCCCCACCUAGUGGAGGAGACACGUCACAUUCUUUGGUAAUCUCUGGAUUGCAAGAAAUUGAUGAUAGGUUGAAAGAAUUGGAGGCGGAGAAUCGAAAGAGUAAGGCAUUUGUGGAUGGGUGGGGUGAGAGGAUGCGGGAGAUGAGUGUGCUAUUGAAGCAAGUAAGAGAGCCUGGUGCUAGAGGGUCUUAUCUGAAGGACUCGGAGAAGGCCGAGAUGUAUCGCUUGCACAAACAGAACCCCGAGGUGUACACAGUCGAGAGGCUAGCCAAGGAUUAUAGGAUUAUGAGGCAGAGAGUGCAUGCCAUUCUUUGGUUGAAGGAGCUUGAGGAGGAAGAGGAGAAAAAGCUUGGGCAUCCUUUGGAUGAUUCUGUUGAGCUCUUGCUUGAUACUUGUCCUGAAUUUUUUAAUUCUCAUGACAGGGAAUUCCAUGUGGCUUCCCUUCCUUACAAACCUGACUUCAAAGUCAUGCCAGAGGGUUGGGAUGGUACCACCAGAGAUCUCGAUGAAGUCCACUAUGAGAUAUCCCAGAAAGAAGAUGAAAUGCUUUAUCAAGAAUUUCUCCAGAAGAUGAACUUCAACAAAAAGAAAUUGGCAGGGGAGGUGAAAUGCCACAAGUAUAGCCGACGCCGUCCUUCAGAGGGGUGGAAUUUCACGGUAGAGAAAAUGGGACCACGAGGGAAACGUGGAGGCGGUGGUGGCUGGAAAUUUGUCAGCUUGCCUGAUGGUUCCAGUCGACCUCUAAAUGAAAUGGAGAAAAUGUAUGUGAAGCGAGAGACCCCCCGCCACCGACGGAAGAUAUUGCCGUGAUGACCAUGUCUAUGUUUUUUAAUCAAUCUCAAUAUCAAGGAUUUUUGUAGCUUUUGUGUUUUCAACUGAGGUGUUGUUAUCAUCAUUUUAUUUGCCUCAAUUUUUAUUUUAUAUUUUUCUUCUGUUGCAUUAGUAUUAAGACUUUUUAGGAAGCAACUUUGUUUUGAACAAAGGUGCCCUGUGAGCAGUACUUCCUCCUUGCCUCUUAUUGAGUCUAAGCUUGAGGAAACUUUAGGUGAAAAUUAAUGCAGCUUCAAGCAAUUAGAGAUAUUAAAAGCCUGGGUUUCUCUUAAUGCUGCUGCAGUCUUCUCAAAGCUCGGACUAACCUAGUGGAGUGUUUGGAAACAUAUUUUGCUGCAAUCCUGAGCAGCAGAGUUGUCUGCUCUAUCAAUAGUGAAGCAAUUAUCACUUGGAUGUUUAAACACGACUGAAGUCCAUCGGAAUAGAAGUCCAAUGCCACAAGUACAGCUAAUGGAGUGGCUCAUGAACUUUCUUCUGUAUGAUUUAGAUCCUUGCCAUUUCCAAAAUAAUUUCCAUUCUUGGCAUUAGACAUAUUCUUUCUUCAUUAGUUUUGUUAAAGUGUUUUUAACUUUAUAUCAAGUUUUGGCUUACUAAUAAUUUUAGUGCAAUUUUGGAGAAUGAAUA